AGGAAAAAAGAGCAAACUAUUUUUAGGUUAUGUUAUGAGUGAACGGUUGUGUAUUUAUUAGAAAAAUAGUAUCUGUGUAAAUAAACUUUUUGGUAAUAACUAAAUAAUAUUACCAUGUCCUACAAAAGAAAACCAGAUUCACAAGUUCCGGCAGAGGAGAGCGACUUGCUUACUAUACGACCACUGGGAGCUGGUCAAGAAGUAGGAAGAUCAUGUAUUAUGAUAGAGUUCAAAGGAAAGAAAAUUAUGCUUGAUUGUGGAAUUCACCCAGGUUUAUCAGGAAUGGAUGCUUUACCUUUCGUAGAUCUAAUUGAGGCAGAUGAGAUAGAUCUUCUUCUUAUUUCUCACUUUCAUUUAGAUCACAGUGGUGCCUUACCAUGGUUUUUACUAAAGACUAGUUUCAAGGGACGUUGUUUCAUGACACAUGCCACUAAAGCGAUAUACAGAUGGUUAUUAUCUGAUUAUAUCAAAGUCAGUAAUAUUGCUACUGAACAAAUGUUAUACACUGAAGCAGAUUUAGAGGCCAGUAUGGAUAAAAUAGAAACCAUCAAUUUUCAUGAAGAAAAAGAUAUAUUGGGUGUAAAAUUUUGGGCUUAUAAUGCAGGGCAUGUUCUUGGGGCCGCUAUGUUUAUGAUUGAAAUUGCAGGUGUAAAGAUCCUGUAUACUGGAGAUUUUUCAAGGCAAGAAGAUAGACAUUUGAUGGCUGCAGAAAUUCCAACUAUACACCCCGAUGUAUUAAUAACAGAAUCUACAUAUGGAACACAUAUUCAUGAGAAGAGAGAAGAUCGUGAAACACGCUUUACCACAUUGGUGCAUGAUAUUGUCAAUAGGGGAGGAAGGUGCUUGAUUCCGGUAUUCGCGUUGGGAAGAGCACAAGAAUUGUUGCUAAUAUUAGAUGAAUAUUGGAGUCAGCACCCAGAACUUCACGAUAUUCCUAUAUAUUAUGCUUCUUCUUUGGCUAAAAAGUGUAUGGCUGUAUAUCAAACGUAUAUAAACGCCAUGAAUGAUAGAAUAAAGCGCCAGAUUGCCAUCAAUAAUCCAUUUGUGUUUAAACAUAUUUCGAAUUUGAAGGGAAUUGACCAUUUUGAAGAUAUCGGACCAUGUGUUAUUAUGGCUUCUCCUGGUAUGAUGCAAAGUGGCCUAUCAAGAGAAUUAUUCGAGAAUUGGUGUACGGAUUCCAAAAACGGAGUCAUAAUAGCAGGUUAUUGUGUAGAAGGAACUUUAGCGAAAACUAUAUUGUCCGAACCAGAAGAAAUAACUACGAUGCUUGGACAAAAGCUACCCCUUAAGAUGUCUGUAGAUUAUAUAUCAUUUUCGGCUCAUACGGAUUACCAACAAACUAGUGAAUUUAUCAGAAUGUUGAAACCUCCACACGUGGUUUUAGUACACGGAGAACAAAACGAGAUGAAUCGAUUAAAGGCAGCUCUACAACGAGAAUACGAAGACGACCCAAAUACUACAAUCAAUUUGUACAAUCCGAGGAACACACACUCAGUGGAACUGUACUUUAGGGGUGAGAAAACCGCCAAAGUGAUGGGUCAACUGGCAGUGGAUGAACCCCAGCCUGGUAAAACGCUAAACGGUAUUUUGGUUAAGAGAAAUUUCAAUUAUCAUAUACUAUCUGCUGAGGAUUUACCACAAUAUACUGAUUUAAGUAUGAGUCAGAUAAUGCAGAGACAAAGCUUACACUUCGCCUGCAACGUUGCGAUGCUUAGACACAUGCUGACACAAGUUGCUGGCUUAUUGGAGCCAAUAGACGGAGACAAGAAACUGAAAGCCUUCAAUGCGAUAGACAUUACGAUAGAACAAAAAGUUGUUACGUUAGAGUGGAUGGCUAACCCCGUCAAUGACAUGUAUGCCGAUUCUCUAGUUGCUGCAAUUCUACAAGCUGAUCUGUUGGAUGUUCCUUUAAAAUCUAUGAACACAUCAAUUAAAGUUGACAGAAUGCAUUUUAAGGAAUGUCUAAUUGAGAUGUUACAGGAUAUGUUUGGCGAAGACUCAGUACCGAAAAUAUUUAAAGGAGAAAAGUUAUAUGUAACUGUUAACGAUAAACGUGCAGAUAUCAACUUAACUAAUUUGGAAGUGAAAUGCCCAAAUGAUGAAACAUUCCAGCAAAUUGUACAAACAGCAGUUACUAAACUGUAUCAGUGUCUAGCACCACCUCAAGUUGAAACGUAAUCUAUAAUCAGUUUUGAAGUAAUUAGACAGUUAUCUUAAUAGGUAUGUUUGUUUAUCAUGGGGACAGUAGACUAGGAAGUUGAUCAUGCCCUAUAAAACAUGUGUAUUCACAUUUCUUUUCUAUGCAUCAUCAUGACGUCAGAAUAGUAUUCCCGGGAUAAGCGAUUAUAUCUAUAUAGCAUCUAUAACUUGAAGGGUGAUGAAUCGUCAAUGAAUGAAAGAAGAAAUGAAUAAGUAUUUAAAUUGAUAAACAUUUAUACCGCAUAAAAAAAAAUAUAAAAUGUUCUGUAACUUUGUGUGUAAUGUUUUUAUUUUUUAUUUUUAAAUACAUCGGAAAUAUUGUUA